UAUCAACCUGCUUGACACACAGCAGCGCUGAGUGCAGCCUGCCUUGCCAGGGUUAGGACCGAAGCUUCAAGAAACGACAAGGAGCAGCGAAAACAUCUGGACCGCACAUCAUGAGAGGAGACCGGGGCUUGUAGGUGGGGGAACAGCACGACGGAUCGGGCGGACACACAUGUUAUGAAGGAAGAAUGGAGUUCCCAGACCAUAGCCGCCAGUUGCUGCAGUGUCUGAGUCAGCAGCGUCACCAAGGUUUCCUCUGUGACUGCACUGUUCUUGUCGGCGAGGCUCGAUUCAGAGCGCACAGAGCCGUGCUGGCCUCCUGCAGCAUGUACUUCCAUCUCUUCUACAGGGACCAGCAAGACAAAAGAGACGUUGUGCAUCUCAACAGUGACAUUGUGACAGCCCCUGCUUUCAGUCUGCUCCUUGAAUUUAUGUAUGAGGGGAAGUUGGAGUUCAACACUCUGCCAGUGGAGGAUGUCCUGGCAGCAGCCAGCUACCUCCACAUGUAUGAUAUAGUGAAAGUGUGCAAAGGCAAGCUUAAGGAUAAGGAACUUUCGUGCCUGGACGAGAAGAUUGGCGAGGGUUUGGGACUCAGCUGCCUGGACAGGGAAAAUUCCUCGGAUGGCGAGCUGCACAGUAAGCAGCUACUCCGGCGACAGCUCCAGUCACAGUCUCUGGGGCUUCACAGGGCCCCCCCGGCAGAAGAGUUUGACAUGGACAACAGCGAACUCAGGCUGGCUGUCACAGAUUGUGAUAGGUCUACACGGAGCAGGCAGAAGGCGAACGGUCACUCUGGCAGGUCCCCGGACCUUGUAAGUGUCAAUUAUGUGUCAGCAGAGGCCGAGCCCUGCGUCCAAACAGCUGGAAAAACAAAAGCUGAUGUCAGUAGUUCCACCGUAUUGCUGUCCCAGAGGUCCCGGGCUUCAGAUGACAUGGACUGUGCACUGGAUUUGUCUUUCAAGCCUCUGUCUAGCAGAGAUCCCUUACACCCCUCCUACGUCUCGGGACAGCUGGCCCUCGACAGCCAGCAGCAGGGCAUUGAGCCACUUGUUAAAGACGAACACGACUUGCUGUCAGAGCAGGAGGACAGUGAGCCGAUGAGCCCUGAGAGCCAGCGCUUUGGGAAUAGUGCCAGGAGCUCGGUGGUGACAGGGUUCGCUGCCCUCUUCCCAGGCAACAACGGCUCUACAGCCGCCCUGCUCUCCCAGGAGGAGGACCUGAUGGACGAGGAGGGGGAGGCCUGCAGAGGGAGGGAGGGCGCCCCAGGCAGGGCGUUGGAGGAGCGGAGGGUCAGGCUGCUGGGGGACAGCGAGGAGGAGGAGGAGGACGACUUGGCCUCUUCAGACAUCUCCACCUCCAGCGGCGUGCUGCUGCCCCCGGGGCAACAGGUGUGUGUAUGCCCCCUCUGCAGCAAAGUCUUCCCCAGCCCCCAUGUGCUGCAACUGCACCUCAGCUCACACUUCCGCGAGAAGGAAGGCGCUCGCUCCAAACUGUCCCCGGACGGCUCGGUCCCCACCUGCAUGCAGUGCAACAAGACCUUCUCCUGCAUGUACACCCUCAAGCGCCACGAGCGCACACACUCUGGCGAGAAGCCAUACACCUGUGGCCAGUGUGGCAAGAGCUUCCAGUACUCUCAUAACUUGAGUCGGCAUGCUGUAGUGCACACACGUGAGAAGCCUCACGCUUGCAAGUGGUGUGAGCGGCGCUUCACCCAGUCCGGGGACCUCUACCGCCACAUCAGGAAGUUUCACUGUGGCCUUGUCAAGACUCUCGCCAUCGGAUAAAACACCUCUCACCCGUGCCAUGGCAUGAGACAGAAAAUGUCUUUUCAUACACUGAAUACAAUUACUGAACCAUUCUCCUGUUAGUACACACCUGUUUGUGGCAGUCUGUCGGAGACAUAUCUUUUGGAUUCUAACCCCAUGUGGCAUUUCUCAAGUCUAAAAAGAUGUAGCAACUUCUGAGGCAGGAGCUGUUUACUGCGCCGACGCUGUUGAAGGUGCACAGGCUGCUCAGAUCAACAUGGGUGAUGUGAAAUUCAAGCUGGAUCUGUGUGAGCCAAGAUGAACAAAUCAGACAAUGCACUUGUUUGUUUCUGCCCUGUUCAAGUCAAUCUGUUGAGUUUAUUUAGUGAGAGAGAGAAAAAAAAAACAUCCUAUGUAUUUACCCUCUGGGUAAUGAUGUCUAAUGCUAACAUAUGUUAAUACAAUCUUUAGAGUAGGUGAGACUUUUGUGCACAUGGGAGAUCAGAACCGUCCGUGAGUAGCAAUAUAUGAUUUGUUUUUAAAGCUUCUACAUUUAUUAUUAUUAUUAUUACUAUUUAUUAUUUGGGAUUUGUCUAGUCCUCUAACAAGUAAACUAUGAUAAGGCAGCAAAACUAAUGAAGUCUGACUACUGGAAGUAUGAUUAAUAUUAUUGUUCACAGUUUGUGUUUGGUUGAAAUGAAGUCAACGGCAGUUUUAUGUUGUUUAGAACAAGAGGCCCAGACCAUUACAUCAUCAUGUAUCUUUUUUUGCAUUGGGGAGAGUUAGCAGCUCUUUUAGUUACUAAUGUAAGCGAGCACAUAUCGAUGACACGGCCUUGGAAUUGCUACUUAAAAAGGAAAAGUUGUAUAAGCGGCGGGGGGAUGCAGAGCUAGUUGGGAGCUAAUGCCUGUAACACUGGUGCCUACUGAAGUCCUCAAUCUAGUGUACUUACUAAAAACAAGAAUGAUACAUAUACAUUAUCAUGCCUUCAAAUCUGGAUCACACUCCCUAUACCAGGUCACAACAAAGGUAAUCGUCUGCACUGGAAUGAUCCAAGCGUGUCCUUAAUUAAAUCUUUUUUUCUUUACAAGAAUGUAAUAAAAGUAAAUCAAGCUCCUGUCAGUUAAAUGUUUAUUGGCGUGUUGUGGUUAAAAGCAAAUAUUUGCCAGUAAAUUACCUUGUUAUUUCCUGGUAUGGCAUCUAAAGGGCACGCUGAUCUGGUGUGUGAGGCCAACCCUCCGCAGGCAGGGAGGGGAAAGACGGAGACAGGUGGAUGUUCGGUGCUUUCGUCAGAUGUCGCCGCCGUCUGUUUGUCAAAGAUGUGCCGUGUGGCCGAACCUACUGCCGUUUCUUUCUCCGAAAUUAACUUUCUCCACAUUAAUUCUUACUGUACGUGUGUCUAAAUUACUACUGAUGAAGUUGGAGCCUUUAGCGACGCUCGUCCCCGAGAGAAUCUUUUGGGCGGGAGGUGGAUUUUCUUCUGUCCGGUCUCGAGAGGAGGAGUGGCGCUAAAAGUUCCUGAUAUUUGUCUAUUCUGUCCUGAGAAGACUUGAUCAGAAUUUUUAUUUAUUAGUUUGGUUCAGGGUUUACUGUAGCUGUAGUUCUCGUUUCUAUGAGCUUGAGAGACGCCACGUCUUGCCUAUAGCGAUCUUGGUACUCAUUAACUGGUAUUUGGGGGCUGUCUGUUUUUAUUUUCUCUGUGCAAAUCAAGUUACUGUAAUUGUAUUUUUAAUACACCAUGUAGAAACCUCUGUCGAGUGUUCGUGAUGUGUCACAUGGAACAUAGAGAAGCACUUGUUUUUAGCAUGCAUAUAGUUUCAACACUAUUGUCUAGGCUGCUAUUUCUUACUGUUUGUAUAUUUAAUGUAAAUAUAUAUUCUAUUUAUCA